AUGAAUAUUUACAGAUUGGACACCAUCGGUCGUAUCCUUUCAGAUCUACCCAACAAUGUCUUUACUCGACACAAUUUCAAAGCUAGCCAACAACGAUCCAAAGCACUCGUUGAUCUCGCACAAGAAUCUAUUCUACUUUACCCGUAUAAGAGUGUGCCGGCUCAGUGGCGCCAGUUACUUAUGGAUGCUAGUAUCUUACAAGCUAUCACUAUGCUUGGCCUGUUUCAGCACAGCAGCACAUUAUUGGAACUACAGCUAAGAGACGGCGAUCAGGACAUUAAACAGCGGAUAGCACGCGAAACGAUCAAUGUGCUCGAUACGGCCAUGAUUAUCAGCGGUGCACCAGGACCACAACGACGCGAAACUGUUCUUGCUAGCAUUGACACACUGCAAGCAUAUCUGUCGUCGUUACCUUCAUCAUCAUCAUCAUCACACAGACUAAGAGAUGGCUUUAUCCACCUGCCAGCACCACACACGGUUCACACGACGCAUCCCGUCAAUCGACUUGACAAAGUGCCCAGUUUUUUGGCGUUUGUUCAACUCUUACAAAACGGCCAACCAUUCAUUAUCCCGCAAGGCGCGAUCGAACAUUGGCCUGCACGAGAUAAAUGGCCAUCAUUGUCUUAUUUUGUGUCUGUCGCAGGCGACCGUGUUGUACCUGUUGAACUAGGUAGCAAAUACACGGACAGUGCAUGGCAACAAAAAAUGAUGCGGGUUGAGGAUUUUCUUCGCGAGCAUGUUGUUUUGCAAGAAGAAGGCGGCGACGACGGCAGCGGUCAAACGGCAUAUCUUGCACAGCAUGAUUUGUUUUACCAGAUACCAAAACUGGCAGACGACAUCAGCGUGCCGGACUACUGCUAUUGUGAGCCAGAACUCAAUGAAAACUACAAAGAGGCGCCGGUGGAUGUGAUCCAAAAUGCUUGGUUUGGACCACAAGGUACAGUCUCACCGCUGCAUCAUGAUCCGUACCACAAUGUGCUGGCACAGGUUGUUGGAUCCAAAUAUAUCCGGCUGUAUGCACCAUCGGAAACACAUUGCUUAUAUCCAUAUGAGGGUAUCAUGUCGAACACAAGCCAGGUCGAUGUGGAACAUCCCGAUUUCGAUUCUUUUCCACUUUUGAAAGAAGCACAGUUUGUUGACUGCACUUUGCAAGCUGGUGAACUGUUAUACAUGCCUCCAAAAUGGUGGCACUACGUCCGAUCCCUUGAAACAAGCUUCAGUGUUAGCUUUUGGUUUUGA